AUGUCAUCGUCGGGUCGCAGCAGCAGCAGCAGCAACACCGCCUUCUCCUCCGAUCGCAGCGUCGCCAGCAGCGUCGCCAGUUGCUCCUCCGCGCGCGCCCCCCCCUCGCUCCCCCACCCCGCCGCCUCUGAUUCCGCCGCGCCGGAUACUGCCGCGCCCGAUUCGGCCGCGCCUGAUACUGACAUUCCUGAUACCACUGUCCCUGCGUCCGCCCCAGCCGUCCCCCCGUGGGACAUCCGUGCGUCCCCCGCCGCGGGUAGCGCGGGCGUGCAGCAGGCGAGCGGAGACGUGUUCAUCCCGUGGCCCGCCCACGUGCGCGCCGCCCUCGCUUCUCCGCAGCAGCAGCAGCAGCAGCAGCAAUUCACCUUGUUUUUGCAGCAGCAACAGCAGGGCCUUCAGGGAGCGGUUCAGCUAGAGCAACAGCCGGAUAUCUCUCUGUUUCAGCACCAGCACCAGCAGCAGCAUCAGCAGCAGCUGUUUGCGUUCCAGCAGCAGCAGGGCGUGCGGCGCACAGGCGACUGCGUGGGGACGUGCCUGACGUCGCUGGAGGUGCUGCUGAAUCCAUUCUGCGCGCGCGCCACGCACCACCUGCCCCUCCACUCGCCCGCUUUCUCCAUGGCGUCAAAUUCCUCUGCGCCCUCCUCCAACGGCCCCUCCCCGCUCGCCCCCUGGCACCACCCGCAGCAGCAGCAGGCCUUUCCGCCCCCCCACGGCCUCAUGCCGCCGCCCCAGCCACGCCCAUCGCAGCAGCAAAACCACGUCUCUUUUCAGCUGCAGCCGCCUUCGCAGCAGCAGCAUUCACAGCAGCAGGGGGGGGGCGACAUGGGCGUGGGCAUGGACAUGGAGCUGAGCAUUCAGCUGCCCGCACGGCGCUGGCCGCCCACCCUGGCCGCCGUCACUCCCGGCAGAAGUCUCACCGCCUCCGUGCUCGGCCGCGGCCCCACCCCCCACCGCCCCACCCGUAAGCCCACCGCCCCACCCGCAAGCCCACCGCCCCACCCGCAAGCCCACCGCCCCACCCGUAAGCCCACCGCCCCACCCGUAAGCCCACCACCCCACCCGCAAGCCCACCGCCCCACCCGUAAGCCCACCGCCCCAUCCGCAAGCCCACCGCCCCACCCGCAAGCCCACCGCCCCACCCGCAAGCCCACCGCCCCACCCCCCACGUCUCACCUUGCUCGUGCUUGCUACCACUACCAUCGCUCCAUUUAUCUCCCUUCCACUGCCGCCCCCUUCCUUCCCUCUGCCCCCCCCCCUCAUCUCCUCCACUCCACCCCUCACGCCACCGUCCUCUGUCCUGCCUUCCCAGCCAACAUCCGCACGCUGUUCAACAUAGAGCGCAAGGCGCUGGGCGAGGGGCAGUACGGCAAGGUGUAUGUGUGCACGGAGAAGGCCACGGGCGUGCGCUACGCCUGCAAGACCAUCGCUCGCAGCUCCCUCAUCUCCGUGGAGGAUGUGGAGGACGUGCGCAUGGAGGUGAGGCCGUGCACAUGGAGCCUGGCCAGCUCCCUGGUGAGCGUGCUGUUCCGGCUGCAGGGGCAGCCGAACGUGGUGCGCGUGCACAGCACGUACGAGGACCGCCGCGACAUCCACAUCGUCAUGGAGCUCUGCAGCGGGGGCGAGCUCUUCGAUGAGAUCAACCGCCGCUGCGAUGAGAUGACCGUGCCCUACAGGUGCGAUGAGAUGACCGUGCCCUACAGGGGCAGUGAGAGGGACGCGGCGAAGCUGUGCAAGGCGGUGGUGCGGGCGGUGCAUUCGUGCCACAGCAGCGGGGUGAUCCACCGCGACCUCAAGCCCGAAAACUUCCUCUUCUCCUCCGCUGGCGCCGACGCCGUGCUCAAGGCCGCUGACUUCGGCAUGGCUGCCUACUUUAAACCCGGCGAGGGAUUCACGCGCGUGUGUGGCAGCUGCAUGUACAUGGCGCCGGAGGUGAUCCGCAUCUGGGAGAACCUGGGCAAGCAGCGCUACGGGCCGCCCGUGGACAUCUGGGCGUGCGGCGUCAUCUUCUACAUCCUCCUCGCCGGCAACUACCCCUUCCUGCCGCAAGGCCCCGAUAGGUCGGAGAGGGCGUUCAGGCGGGUGAUACUGCAGCCGCAGCGGCUGUUCCGAGAGGCGGUGUGGGGGCGCAUAUCGGCGGACGCCAAGAGCCUCAUCGCCGCCAUGCUGCACCCCGACCCCGCCCUGCGCCCCACCGCGCAGCAAGUGCUCGGGGUGGCAGAUGACCUAACAUUCACAUCCUGCACCCUACUUAUUGCCUUUGUCUUUCUCGUGCUGCUUCCGCCUGGCUCAUUCGAUCCUCUGCUGUUUUCUCCUCCUCCCCGCCUUCCGGUCGCAACCGCACUUCCCCGUUCACCGCAUUCACACCCGCCCCGGCCCUCUCCCCUGCUCCCAUGGUGCGCUGCCUGGCCUCGCACAGAGCACACGUGGAUAGUGCGGGCGCCGGACGAGCCGUUGGAGAAGGACGUGGUGGACCGCUUCAAGCAGUUCCUCUACGUCAUGCGCCUCAAGAAGGUCAAGAAGGUGGCGCUCCGGGCGAUGGUGGAGGGCAUGGGGGAGGACGACAUCCGCGUGGUGCAGGGCGACUUGGGUCGCCUGGACCCCAACGCCACCGGAGUGGUGCCCAUCGAGGCGCUGCCCCACGCGCUGCACUCGCGCGGCUUUCAUGGCCCUGCUGAUGCUGUCGCCAGCAUCAUCCACGAGAUCUGUCUGGACGGCAAGGUGGCGUUUGACUAUGCGGACUUCUUUGUGGCGCUGCUGCAGCUGUGCGGGGUGGAGCAGCAGGAGAACCUGUUCCAGGCCUUCUCCGUGUUCGACCAGGACCUCAGCGGCUACAUCAGCGAGGCCGAGCUGCAGCGCGCGUGUGAGAAAUACCGCGUCAACCGCCAAGUGGUGCAGGAGAUGAUGGCCGAGGUCAACCGCGAUGAGGUGAGAGGGAAGGGAGUGGACAGAUGGCUCCAGGCUCACUCCCACCAACUCUCCAGCCCCUCCUUCAGCACCUCUAUCCCGCUCCCUCCCCUCUUCGUCGUCUCGACAUGCGAGCGUGGCCAAGGGACAGCAGUGGAGGCAAGCAACAUGAGGCACUGUGCUGCGUGCACACCCAUGUGCCUCCGUGCCCCCUCGUUCAACCAUCCCUCCCCGCCCCGCAUGUAUGGUGGCUGGCAGGCGGGGCGGGUGGACUACAACGAGUUUGUGGCGAUGAUGCGCAUGCAGGCGGGCGGGGUGAGCCGGCGAACCAUAGAGCGCCACAUGGACAACGGCAGCAUCAAGGAGAUGGACCACGGGGGCGGUGCAUCAGGGCCGUACGAUGGGGACAGCGAUGACAUGCGCAGUGAUGCCGCCUGUGCUGCUGCUGAUACCGCCAGUGUUGGCAAUGGAGGCGGGUUCUGA